AUGCCUCUUAAAACUCCCUUGCGGCGGCUGUCGAAAAUCUCUCUCAACAAGCGACUAGUGAAGAAAGCGACAGACGGCUACCUUUCCCUUGCGAAGCACGUGAUCGCCGCAGACAACCAAACCGAAAAUGUCGUCGUCUCGCCCCUCUCCAUCCACGUUGCAUUGUCUCUAUGCGCCGCCGGAUCGAGUGGCUCAGCGCGCGACCAGAUUCUCACUUAUCUCAAAUCAGAGCGCGUGGAACACCUUAGUUCCUUCUACUCGAAAAUUGUGGCCACGAUUUUCGCCGAGGGACAUGCCGGUGGGCCCCUCUUGUCAACAAAGAAUGGACUCUGGGUCGAUCAGAGCCUGACUCUCAAGCCGGCUUUUCGAGAUAUUGUCCAGAAUUCUUACAAGGCAGUUGCCCAACAUGUUGAUUUUUGGUAUCAGACAGAAGAGGCUAGGCAAAAAGUGAACUUGUGGUGUGAGAAGGCAACAAAUGGCCGCAUCACAGAAGUACUCCGACCAAAUUCAAUCUUCGACUUGACAAGACUCAUCUUCACAAAUGCAGUCUAUUUCAAAGGAACAUGGAGCAACGAAUUCGACGCAGAUCUAACAAGAGAUGCAGAUUUCCACCUCUUAAACGGAAGCUCUAUUCGCGUGCCCUUCAUGACCAGCCGGGACAAGCAAUACAUAGGCAUCUUCGAUGGCUUCAAAGUUGUGAAGUUACCUUACCAUCAUGGCAGGGACACGAGCAGAUUCUCCAUGUACAUCUAUCUCCCGGAUGCCAAGACGGGCUGCCAUCUUUGA